CCCAGCCCCAUCCCGAUCCCGAUCCCGGCUCCGGCGGCCCAUGGACUCGGGGCCCGGCGAGGAUCGGAGCCUGCCCGGGGGGCUCGGCCGCUGCAGUAUCCUCAUUCCCAAUUUGCCAGAAAGACCAGAUGACGAGGCUCAUGUCUGCCCAGGAAGCCACGGGCUCCCCACCUCUUCAGAAGAAGCAGUGUCUCCUACCAGAGCUCGAAACAUGAGGGACUAUGAGAACCAAAUCACCGACCUGAAGAAAGAAAACUUCAACCUCAAGCUCCGUAUUUAUUUCCUUGAAGAACGGAUGCAGCAGAAGUUUGAUGGUCCCACUGAAGACAUCUAUAAAAUUAACAUUGAGCUAAAGGUGGAGCUGGAAAGCCUGAAACGUGAGUUACAGAAGAGGGAGCAUCUCCUCAUCAAAGCCUCCAAAGCAGUGGAGAGCUUGACCGAAAGUGGCGGCUCAGAAAUUCAGUGUGUGAAAGAAGAGGCUCGGAAAAAGUUGCAGCAGGUAGAAGACCUUCUGACAGGAAGAAUACGUCUUUUGGAAGAGGACGUUAAAGCUGCCCAAGCUGAAGCGGAAAAGGCAUUUGCGAUUGCAGAGAAGGAGAAGGUUCUGAGAAUGAGUGUGGAAGAGAAGCUUUCAUUUGCGAAAAAUCCUCAUCAGAGAGAUCUGGACAUAGUCCCAGCCCUGGAAGAAAAAGACAGACUGAUAGAAGAGCUGACACUGUCUUUGAAGAGUAAAGAAGCUUUAAUUCAGCACCUCCAAGAGGAAAAGUCUCGAAUGGAAUCUCCUGAUGGGAGCUUGUCCUCUGAAAAACUCCGAGAACUCACUGCUGCUCUGAAGCAAGAGAAGGAUUGUGAGCUAGAGGCUGUUAAAACGGAAUUUAGAAAUGAGAGAAAUUGCUUUGAAAAGAGAAUGCAGUCUCUUCAAGAGGAUCUGCAAGAGAAAGAAUGUGAAAUUGCUCUUGAAAAGAAAAACGGGUUGAAAAGGGAUAAAACGAUUCAAGGUCUAACUAUAGCACUAAAAGCAAAAGAGAAAGAGACUGAAGAACUUUCAUCUGAAAUCGAAGACCUGAUUUCUUCCUUAGCUAAACAAAGAGAAGCUGCCCAUAAAGCACAGCUCCUGAAAUUCAAGGGGGCCGAAGAUUAUCAGGUCACUUUGAUGGAAAAAGAAACUGUUUUAGCAGAGCUACAAUCGGACAACCUGACGAAAGAUACCGAGAACCGUAAGCUGGUCAGGAGGAUGAAAUGGCUUGAUGAAGAACUGAGUGAUUUGCGCCAGGAAAGAGAGAAAAUGGAGAAGGAACUGGAUGAGGCGCAACUGCAGAAGAGCAGAGGAGACAAAACCAUUAAUGACCUUAGAAAUCAAGUCGAAAAAUUGCAUGGUGAAAUGAUUGAGAAAGAGAAAGCAGUGGAGCAUCAUUACAAUAUUCUUCUGAGUGAAAGUAAUCAGAAAUUGCACAGCCAAGAACUAGCUAUCAAACACCUAACAGACAGUGUCAGUCAAAAAGAUCUAUUACUUCAGAGACUCGAUGGCAUAGUGAAAGAAAAAGACGCCGAACAUCAGCAGCUUUUGAAUAGGCUGAACCAUCUUCUGAAAGCUAAAGAGGAUCUUGAGUUGAGGAAUCAAGGCUUAAUAACCGAAAAAUGUACUUCUCAACAGUCAGCAGCCAAAGACCCACAUUCAGAGGAAAAUAAGGAAUCUGAGUAUGAAGAGCUGAUUCACGCUUUAAGAAAAGAAAAACACAUUUAUUCCAGCCUAGUGAAAGCUCUGAAAGACUCAGACAGUAUUAACAGCCUCCAAGCUGAGCUAAGCAACAUUUUUGCCCUUCGAAAACAACUGGAAGAUGAUGUCCUGGCUUAUCGGAAUUUACGGAAGGUUUUGGAAGAGCAAAUUAGGGAAAUUGGAAGGAGAGAAGAAGAAACAUUUUCAUUUUGUGGUGACCAGACAUCUUAUCUCAGUAUUUGCCUUGGAGAGCACGAUCGUUUUCAAACAGAACAUUUGUCCCUCGAGGAACUUAAAAAGAGGGUCAUUGAACUUGUGCUCCUAGUGAAGGACCUGCAUGCAGAUAACCAAAAUCUGAAGAAGUCCCUUUUGGAGCUCUCCAGCUUGGCUCCUCAGGAAACAGAAACACCCAAAGCCGUCAACCAAAACCAGUGUCUGCAUAAUAAAGAAGAUGAGGCCGUUAUGGCAGCGGAAGGUGAUGGGGAGAAGAAUGAUUUCCUGAGGGAGCAGCAUACAGGAAGGGCGACUGAGGCUACAGUGGACUACUUUGAUGGAAUUUGCAACAACAGAAAGGAGAAGAAUCAAAAUCAAAAGAGUGCUCGUGUAAUGCAGGAAGUAGCUGGAGAACCAGUUAUCCAAAAGGAGCAGAGCCCACAUGAAGGCGAGCCGAUGAACCUAUACUCAUCUCUGCUAAGUGAAAAUGAAAACCCAGUACUUGAAUCUAGACCAGAACUUAUGAAAGCAUUACGUGAACUGCUCUUGGGUCCUUGGGCUGUGAGCCAGCAGAAUGUUUCUGGAGAAGAUUCAGAAGAAAAGAAUGAAAAGAAUCUCAAGCAAUCAGUGGUUCAACUGAGAGAUGAACUUAGGCAUCUUAAGCAGGUUGGUACAUUCCUAAAGGAACCUGUAGAACUGCAGUCAACUUUGGAUGGAAAGGGAGGAUUUUAUUUAGGUGCGGUGGCAUCGAUGAAUGAGGAAAUGAAGCUGUCGAAGAUGGGCCUGAAAGAUGCAGCUGUACAAACUGUGGACCUUGGGGGUCAUGGAUUCGGAUAUGGAGGAAAAACAGAUAUUUCCGAGGAAGCCAGAAAAUGUUCUGAAUCAAAUGCAGAGCUUGACCAAGAAGCUCUAUCUAGGGUGUCAGAGCACCAGAAAAAAACUCUUUCAACCACAGCACAAAAAAGUGAUAAGAAAUCCCGUUUACCCGUUCCAUUAAAACCAUCUAGAUCAUUAGGAAGUGUAAACUUAACCUCAGCUACCCAGGAGACAGCACCUUAUCUGCGGAACCAGAUAGGUGAGCCACAUGGAGAUCUGAAGGAAUAUAAAACCCGAAACAAACAACUUCGCCCAGAGUUAUCUGCCACUGAAGCGAUGAUUGAAAAACUGCAAGAGGGUCCAAUGCAGGACAGACUUCUCUUAAAUGCUGGGCCAUGGUUGAAGCCAGACUGCCAGGAGGGCCAGCUGGAGUUGAAGGGGCCUGGAGGUGAUACCUGUGGCAAGGAUGAAAGCGAACUGGAUAAGGAUCUGAAAAAUAGACAAGAAUCCAGACCUCAUCAGGGUAAUGAGUCAGACAUCAUGCCACCAAGCAAAGACUGCCAUACAGAGGACUUUCCAGAUGAAGCUUCAACUGUGUCUUACACAAGUUCCAAGAGUCUGUUUUCCCUCAAAGGAAGUGUAAAUGGUACAGCCAUCUCUGAAGGUGUUGAAAACAUGGAUGACCUAGACUAUUUGCAACAGAGAAUUAAGGGGUUGAAGAGUGAACUUGAAAAGUACCAGAAGGUUGUGUUUCAGUUGCAACUUGCAAAGCAGUCUCAGUGCCGGGAGACCGUUGACACCGUUUCGGGAGGGAGCGAGGAGGCCCCAAGAGGGCAAGACACACCAAGGGACCGCACCGAGGAGAAAGAAAUGAAAAUAUCUCCUAGGUUCCAUCAGCCUCCUUAUGAAAAGUGGACAGAAAUCCCCAAUCUACCUGAUUCAGAAGUGUCUGGUGAAAUAAUAGUAGAAAACCUGAAGCAACAGCUAGAGGACCGAGAAACCGCGUUGGAAAAGGAGCAAGCGGCAAAGAUGACCCUGCUGGGUGAACUGUGUUCCUUGCAGACCAAACUUCGGGAGAUGUCCCCUUCAAGAUACGAUUCAUUAGUUCAGUCGCAAGCCAGGGAGCUCUCUUCUCAGCGCCAGCAGAUUAAAGACAGCCUCAGCAUCUGUGUCAGUUGCCGCCAACAUAUGACCGCCCUGAUUAAAGCUUUGGAGGAGCUGCUGCAGGCCAGCGAUGUCGAUUACCAUGUUGCUGACGGCAUCUGGGAGCAGCUGAAUCGAAGUGUUCAACUGCUCGAGAAAUUGGAAAAGAUGUUUCUCAAUGGAGAAUCAUCUGGCACGCAAGUCAACAAACAAAGUGAAUUAACACAGGGGGCUGAGAACACUGCUUCAGUGCGCCCAGAUCAGUCACCAAUGCCCUCGGAUUGCGAGAUAUCAGAAAAGUCGUCCGUCGGAUCACCAGAACACAAGCCAGGUGGUGUGGAGAUGGAAAAGCUUUCAGUUCUGGCCAGCAAUUUUUCUCAAGACUUACUAAUGGAGCAUCUGCAAGAAGUUCGAACUUUGCGAAAACGUUUAGAAGAAUCCAUUAAAACAAAUGAUAGACUACGGAAGCAGCUUGAACGGCAAGGAACUGAGCUGGAGACAGGAUCUGCAAACAUUUUUAUCCAUGGCUCUGAGCAACAUAAUUCCCUGACUUCUGAAAUUCAUUUCCUGAGGAAGCAGAACCAAGCCCUCAAUGUAAUGCUUGCAAAAGGAUCUCGAGAUAAACAAAAGGAAAAUGAAAAAUUACGAGAAUCGCUCUCCAAGAAGGAUGUGAUCAUUGAGCACCUUCACAGGGAUUAUGAAUGUGUGAAGAAAGAAAAUGAAAGGUUGCAGAAACAAGUCAGCGAGAAGGAGAAAGACAACAGGCUUCUGACUCAUGAGAUUUACAGCAAUCGUAACGAAUUAAAUAGGUUGCAGACGGAAAUGAAUGUAAAGCAACAGCAACUAUCCGCGAAUGACAAAUUACUGCAGUCGCUAAGAGUUGAACUCAAGGUGUAUGAAAAGUUGGAUGAAGCGAGCAGAAGACAGAUAGGUAAUCCUAGGCAAGCAGCUGCAGCUGAAGAAUGCAGAAAGGAUCAAAAUAAUCUGCUUGACUUAGCCGAACUUCUGACAGAGAUACAGAGCUUGCGGGUGCAACUUGAAAGAAGCAUAGAAACCAACAAUGCCUUACGAAGAAAAUUAGAGGAGCAGCUUUCCAAAGGAGAGAGAGAAUUAGAGGGAUCGGUGCAGACUUUGAACAUCAACCACCUUUCGAAACAAGAAUGGCAGCAUUGUACAGGAAAUAAUGCUGGAAAUGAGCUCUCCCUCGAAGAAGGCAAGAGUAAGUUUGAGAUGCCGAAUCCUGGCCUACCAACCCCACCAAAAUCAGCUUCAGAGACACCCCUGGCCUCAGUGGAGGAUUUAGACAGCUCUUCAUGCUGUAGCAGCGGAUCUGCUUCAAGCUCCCCGUGCACCCCGCCACGCCUGGUCCCCGGCCACCGCAUGUGGGCAAACAAGAACGGACGCCAUAUCCUUGGAUUGAUUGAGGAUUAUAAUGCUUUGCGCAAGCAGAUCUCCGAAGGGCAGAAGCAGUUAUCUGAAAUGGAAACUCGUCUUCUGGGCAUCACUGGCCUGAAAAACCAAGAAACUGGAUUCAAGGUUCCAGACCAGGCAUCGCUGAAUAGCUUUUCUGCCAGCGUUAACACAGCACAGCAGAUAUUAGAAGAGGCAGCUCGUUUAUUGAAGCUUCUCUGGAGGGUUUCACUUCCCAUAAACGGCCAGUGUACUCUUCCCUCUAAUCAGGGUGAAGAAAUGAAAGCUGAAGUCAUCAGGCUGCGUAAGAAAAUGUCUGAGCAAGAGAAGAAGCUUCACUGCACCGUCAAAAAUCUGCAGUUGAGGAAACAUCAGGAGAAAGUCAUCUUCGAUCAGUUGGUUUUAACCCAUGAAGUCUUGAGAAAGGCCAGAGGAAACCUCGAGCUGAAGCCAGGGAUGACUCACUCUGAAGCAUUCAUUACCAGCCAACCUGGAUUCUGAGAAAAAAACUCCAGCUAAUAAAGCGCAUGGCCUCCCUGCUGUUAUCAUUUCUGGACUGCUUGUGUCUUUGCUGUACUUGUGUUUCCUAUUUAUUGAUUGAAAGGCUUCCCCUAAUUCAUGCCCAGGGGAAGCCAUCUCAUUUAAAUCAGUAAAAAAAUAAUUUUUAACACGUCCUGCUGUACGGAUGAGUGUGGAUGUGUUUUGUAAACAGGAUUAGAAACUCACUCUAUGGUACUAGUUGAGCAAAGUGGUUUAGAAAGACUUCACUUGAGCUCUUUGUGGAUAUCCCGUUUCAUUAUUCGGAAUUCCAGAGAACCCCAGCACAAAAGCACAAACUCGUAAGUGGCUUUUUUUUUUCUGAAAUAUAUUAAGUGUCGGUAUAGCAGACAAUGUUGGCUUUUAGGAUGGAAGGAGAUUUAGAAUUAAGUGGCCCUGAAGAGAAUUUGAAAUAAGCUUUUGGAUUUGCUGAGCAAACUUUCUACUACCUGGACUGAAGAUGCUAAUUAAAUUUUACCUUUAUUUAAACCUG